UACGUCUUGUAUGCUCGCUCAUUCUCGCCGCUUGCCAAAAUCGACGGGCCGUUCUGGGCGGCGCUCUCUCGCCUCUGGCUUGUGAAGCAUUCGAGCGAUGGCGACAUGCACCGCGUCAUCAUUGCGGCGCACAAGCGCUACGGGGAUCUUGUCCGGACCGGCCCCUCAGAAGUCAGCGUUGCCGACCCCGGCGCCAUCAAGAAGAUAUACGGCGCGGGCACCAAGUUCCGCAAGAGCGACUGGUAUAGUGUCUGGCAGGGGCGGCGGAAGUUCGAUAUCUUCCCCGAGCGGGAUGAAAAGAUUCAUGGGACGCAAAGGAGGCUGGUGAGCCACUUGUAUGCCAUGAAGUCCUUGGUGCAGUACCAGGAUAAGGUCAACGAGGCGAUCGAGGUCUUUGUCAAGAGGAUCCGGGAUCAUGCGAGCCACCAGCCGCUGAAUCUAGGUGUAUGGGUUCAGCUUUUCGCUUUCGAUGUCAUUGGAGCCAUUACCUUCUCCAAGCGGUUUGGCUUCCUUGAAGCUGGCAGCGACGACGGCCAGUUCAAGAUCCUGGAACGCGCCCUCCGCUCGGGUGCGUGGGUUGGACAGAUGCCGUGGUUAUAUUGGCUGAACGAAGCCGUGACGCCAUACACCGGCAAUUGGCUGGAUGUGAUGGUGCGACAUGGCUCCGUGAGACAGUUCGCCAAAGCUCAAGUCGAUGCGCGGGUGGCCACGGACAACACGUCGUACACCGAUUUGCUUGCCCGGUUCUUCGAUGUCAACAAGCAGAAACCCUCGGACUUUGACGAGACCGCCGUGCUGUCGAUGGCGACCUCGAACAUCUUCGGUGGCUCCGACACGACGGCGAUUGCCCUCCGAGCGAUCAUCUGGUGCGUCCUCAAGAACCCACGCUGCAAGGAGAAGCUCGUGGAAGAGAUCAACGAGCGCCGGCGCAACGGCCAGCUGUCGUUCCCUGUAGCCCUCGAGGAGGCAGAAAAUAUGCCAUACCUGCAGGCGUGCAUGUACGAGGCCCUGCGUCUGCAUCCUGCGGUUGGCAUGUCUCUUCCCCGGGUCGUGCCCGACGGGGGGAUCGAGAUCGACGGACGCUUCAUUCCUGCCGGCACGACUAUUGGCGUGAAUCCGUGGGUCGCGCAUCGUGAUGAGCGGAUCUUCGGGAAGAAUACCGAAGAAUUCAGGCCGGAGAGGUGGCUUGUCGAGGACAGGGCCGAGUUGGAACGGUAUUUCUUCGCGUUCGGCAACGGGGCCCGGGCUUGUCUUGGUCGCAAUAUCAGUUGGAUGGAGAUGAGCAAACUGGUCCCAACCCUCUUUAGCCAGUUUGACGUGUCACUUACCAGCAGCGAUGCACAGUGGACGGAGAAGUGCUGGUGGUUUGUCAAACAAGACAAUGUCUAUGUCAAGUUUGCACCUUUGAAGAAAUAAAGGCCGGAGCGUCGCAAGGUGGGUAAAUGGCGUAUACUACUAUAGGUGAUAGAGGUAGAACAGAUUCUCGAGUUUCUUUGUAACGCCUAGCACUCAUCAAUGAAGUACGAAUUCUU